GGCUCCGCAUCAGCUUCCUUUCUGGGCCUUGCAGCAGAUGCGUGUGUUUGUGUUUUGCAGCUGGUUGGGCAAGGGCCAGUGGCACAAAAAUACAUGCGCGAGGCAGGGCAUCUCUCAGCCUUGAUUCGUAGCCUUCGUGCCGUGCUUGCUGCCUUGAGUCUGUCGGAGGCCAGUGAUUGGGCAAUGGGACUGCGAAAUGUGGCGACCGUGCUGCUGGAGAGCGUGGCUUCCUUCGUUUCAUCGAAAGCUGGGAACGAGGCAGAGCAAAACUCCAAAACCUUGGUUCAGUCGGCCGGUUUGGUGGAAAUGGUUUGCCUGGAGGUGCUUCCGUAUCCUCAAUUUGAUCAACUGCGGCUCCAAGCAACUGAGACGCUGGCUGCAGCCAUCCGCGCUGUUCCUGAAGCGUCUCUGGGGUGCUUCAAGGCCAUGCUACAGGGAAGAUCCUUGCUGGACAGGAUGGUUGCCAUUCUUCUCGGAGAGGGAUCCGCUCCCCUGGAUCUCCGAGCGGCCAUCGAGGUCCUGGUGGCCACGGGUCUGGAGCGAAGUGCUGAUGUGCGGGAGGUCUUGGCAACGCAGCCGGAGACUGCCCAGGGUGAGAUGCCGUCUGGAGGACUUCUCUUGCUGGCCGCGUUCCGGACAGCAGAUCAAAGGCUCGAGGUUGGGCCCCUUCAGACGUUGCAAAACGUUUGGUGGCCAUCAGAUGCCAACACCUGGUUUGCUGCACGCGCGCUGGGAACCUGCAUCCGCAGCGGGCCCCAGUUGCGCCUACGACUUGCGAGGCCCCCAGACGCAGAGGCGCCACAACCCGCGCUGCUGGCGACGCUGCUGGGCCCCACGGCAGCACUGGCGCGAGCCUGGCGGAACGAGCCGAAAGCGAAACAGGGGGGCGAUGCAAGUGCGGGUCUUUGUGCGUUGCUGCAACUCUUGGCAGAAUGGUGCCAUGACUGUCCAGCCGCUGCAGAGGUGCUUGUAUCUUCACCUGCUCUGCUUCCGGAACUGAUGGCAUUGCUGGAAUCUUUCAGUUCAACGACGAGCCACGUGCCGCAUGUUUACGGCCUGGCAGCAUUGGUGCUGGGGACAUGCCUUCUUGAACUACCUAACCAGGGCUCCUUGGUGACUUCUUCACAACUUAUGGAGAUCAUUGCCUCAAAAGGUGUGGAUAUGUUCACUAGGGCUUCGGAGGACUUCCUGCGUAGCCUCAGCCUGGACGAGCCGGGCAUGAUGAGUCGCUAUCGUCCAGGUUUCCAGGAAUGGGUGGCACUACAGUUUCAGAAGGUCCAGGAUGCCAUGGUACAACUCUGGCUUCAGCGGGGCGAAAGCGCUCCACACCAAGGGAUGGCUGAGGAUGUGGCUGGACAUUUUAAGGAUUUGAUCAAGAUGCAAGACAAAGAGCUACGAGAUCUGCGGCAAGAGGUCCAAAAGCUGAAAACGGAGAAUGAUGAGCUUCGGCAGCUCACCACCGAUGAGGACAAAACCAUCCUUCUUUGGAAGGUGGGUGCUCUCUCCAAGCAGUGUGAGGCUUUGCAAGUGAAGUGCGACCUGCUGGAGGCUGCGCGAAGUGCUGUGGAGGUGGCAAGGCUCCGGGAACGGCAGAGUCAACGACAACAGCGGGAGGAGCUGGAACAACAGCUCCAGACCUUGGCUUUGGCACUGGAUGAAGCGGAGAUCUCCAAAGAAACGCAGGAUCCCAGGACUGGUGACGACGGCGCUGAAUCCUACGCUGCCGUGGUGGCCGAAAGGGAUGAACUUCUCACCGUUCUGAGCCAAAUCAAUCGCUCCUGUCCAGAGGUGGCAGGGUUCCUAGCGCCCUUGGGCCGUUUCGUGCCCAGCACUACGACCAAGGAGGUCUCUGCCUGGGAAGCGGCUGCGGAACGCGUGGGGCAACAAGCGGAGGCGCUCUCAGAGCUAGCUGAGAGCCACAAGCGAAGCCUGGUGGAACUGCAGGAACGGGCUGCGUCACGGCAAAAAGAGGUUAGUGAGGUCGCGGCAGCGAAUGGCUGGCAUGCAUCACAAAAUGCUGGGGGCCAAAGUCAUCAAGGUGUGCAAAGUCAUACCGAAAGUCUUCAGCAAAAACAAUCGCAAGACUUUUCUCGGCAAGCGCAGCAGCAGAAUCAGCUGCAAUCGCGGCAAAGUAACCAGCAAGCUGCUGCUCAGCAAAAGCAGAGUCACCAGCAAGCUGCAGCUCAGCAAGCGCAGCAGCAGAGCCACUGGCAAGCGCAGCAAAGCCAGUUGCAAGCACAGCAAAGUGACCAGCAAGCUGCAGCGCAGCAAGCGCACCAGCAGAGCCACUGGCAAGCGCAGCAAAGUCAGUUGCAAGCGCAGCAGAGCCACUGGCAAGCACAGCAAAGCCAGUUGCAAGCGAAGCAAAGUGACCAGCAAGCUGCAAUUCGGCAAGCGCAGCAGCAGAGCCAUUGGCAAGCGCAGCAAAGUCAGUUGCCAGCGCAGCAAAGUGACCAGCAAGCUGCAGCUCAGCAAGUGCAGCAGCAGGGUCAGUGUCAAGCGCAGCAAAGUGACCAGCAAGCUGCAGCUCAGCAAGCGCAGCAGCAGAGCCACUGGCAAGCGCAGCAAAGUCAGUUGCAAGCGCAGCAGAGCCACUGGCAAGCACAGCAAAGCCAGUUGCAAGCGCAGCAAAGUGACCAACAAGCUGCAGCUCAGCAAGCACAGCAGAGCCACUGGCAAGCGCAGCAAAGCCAGUUGCAAGCGCAGCAGAGCCACUGGCAAGCACAGCAAAGCCAGUUGCAAGCGCAGCAAAGUGACCAACAAGCUGCAGCUCAGCAAGCACAGCAGAGCCACUGGCAAGCGCAGCAAAGCCAGUUGCAAGCGCAGCAGGGUCACCAGCAAGCUGCGCAGCAAGUGCAGCAGCAGAGUCAGUUGCAAGGGCAGCAGAAUGACCAGCAAGCUGCAGCUCAGCAAGCGCAGCAGAGCCACUGGCAAGCGCAGCAAAGUCAUCUGCAAGCGCAGCAGGGUCACCAGCAAGCUGCGCAGCAAGCGCAGCAGCAGAGUCAGUUGCAAGUGCAGCAGAAUGACCAGCAAGCUGCAGCUCAGCAAGGGCAGCAGAGCCACGAGCAUGAGCAAAAUCAUGUGGAGCAGCAGAACGGAUGGAACCAACUACCAACGGGUUGGGUGGCAUACUCCACAGCAGAAGGGCAUGUCUUCUACUACAACCAGAGCACAGGCCAAUCUCAGUGGGAGCGACCCGGGUGACGUGCU